AACACAGGCACAGAAGAGAAGUGAGGUGGUUUCUAAGUAUAUCACAAUUCCUUUUUACCAGUUGUUGCGAAGUUCCUUAGUGAAUAACCGAACUCAAGCCAAGGUGGCAGAAGAAUUGGGCAUGCAGGAGUAUGCCAUAACCAAUGACAAAACCAAGAGGCCUGUGGCCCUGAGGACCAAGACCUUAGCAGACCUUUUGGAAUCAUUUAUUGCAGCACUGUACAUUGAUAAGGAUUUGGAAUAUGUACAUACUUUCAUGAAUGUCUGUUUUUUUCCACGAUUAAAAGAGUUCAUUUUGAAUCAGGAUUGGAAUGACCCAAAAUCCCAGUUACAGCAGUGUUGCUUGACACUUAGAACAGAAGGAAAAGAGCCAGACAUUCCCCUCUACAAGUAAGUACUUGCUGUCUGCAGGACGUUGGACCCAUUGUGCUUAGAGUUGAUCUUCCAUAUGCUUUGAGAAAAAACUAACGGGGCAGCCAGAUUGUGAUAAGGCACCAGGGUUGAGACUUUCUGACUGUCAGUGUACCACACAGAAACUCUCUGGACUCUGAGUCUUAGCUGUAAGUAAGGGGUGCCUCAUGAUUGCUUCGGUGCCUUCUCUCAUCUCUAAAAUUAUCUGUGAACUACUGCCUGGCAGAGGCUACCAUAGUGGCUUAUACCUGUAAUCCCAGCUAUUUGGGAAGUAGGAAUCCACUGCGGUUUGAGGCUAACCUGGGCAAAAAUUAA